GUCCGCGAGAGACUGCGUGUAUCCCUCGAGCGUGUAGCUUCUCUGGAGGAGGACCUCAACCACACCAAAGAUGAGCUGAACCAGUACAAGUUAGGGAAGCUGCCUGGAGACGGAGCAGAAAGUGUGCGCGUGAAUGGCGAGGCAGAGACCAAGGACGGAGGGAGUGGUGUCAGUGGCGUUGAUGGCAGCGGUGGCAGUGGCACCACAUCCCUCAACAGUGACACUACAGCAGAGUUGAAUGCUGCCAGAGAGAGGGUGCGGGAGCUCCAGAACCGCCUUCAGGAGCUGGAGGAGAACCUGACAAUAACUCAGAAGGAACUCGUGAAGGCGCAGGAGAUUAAUGCACGACUACAAAGAGAUCUCAAGGAAAAUGUUGCACAGAAGGAGGACCAAGAGGAACGUAUUGCCACGUUAGAGAAACGGUACCUUAAUGCUCAAAGAGAGUCUACGUCUUUACAUGACCUUAAUGAGAAGCUAGAAGAAGAACUAAAGAACAAAGAGGCCCAGUAUAAACUUCAAGAAGACAAGAUCAGAGCCUUGCAAGAGAAGGUGGAACUGAGUGAACAGAAACUGGCGCAGUAUGCCAAGUUACCAGACGUCGAGCAGGAAUUGAAGCAACGCAUGGAGGCUCUUCACCAGAAGUCCCUUUCGCCACAGGUACAGGAGAAGCACGGAAGUGCUGAGGACCGCAUUCAGCGCCUGGAGAACCAGCUUGAUGAGAAAGGUGGGGAGCUGCACCGUUUGAACCAGCGCCUCAAGAUGAAUGAGGAGCACAAUGCAAGAUUGUCUGCCACAGUUGACAAGCUGCUGCAGGAAUCAAAUGAAAGGCUACAAGUCCACUUAAAAGAGAGGAUGCAUGCCCUGGAGGAGAAGAAUGCACUCACAGCUGAACUGGAGAGAACAAGAAAGAUCCUGGAGGACUCUGCUCAAGAAAAGAAUGAAAUAUUGAAAGAAUUAGCAAGACGGCAACUUGAAGCAGAACAACUGAAGCAACAAAUAUUGCAGCAAGAGAUAGCCUUCAAUAUUAAACAAACUGAAGCAUUAACAAGGUCCCUCUCUCCAACGGGAGGGGAGUUUGUGCGCAGUGCGUCCCACUCCAGCUUCGAUUCCAGAUCACUCCCACGUCGUGCUCCUUCCGCUCCACCCUCACAGAAACGAGGACUGGAUGAGGAGAAUGCGCAGGGUGGUGGAGGAUGGGAGCUGGGGGGAAGCCAUCUCCAGCAGCCGUUCGCCGGAGAUGGCGGAGAGCUGUCAGAUGGCGAGGGUGAGGAUGCCGAGUCCAUCUUCUCCCACAUGGAUAUGCUCUCUCCAUCACACCACACAGAUGCUCAGACUCUGGCUUUAAUGCUCCAGGAACAGCUAGAUGCCAUCAACAAUGAGAUAAGCGACCUUAUGGGGGGGACAGGAACCACAGUGGGGGGGACUGAGGCUUAUUGGGGAAUGAUGUCUCCCCAUCCUCCCCCAUCGUGGGAAACCCUGCCUGAUCAACAAAGCAGGUUAAUUCAGGAAGAGAAGCAGACUACAGAGGCGCGGGCAGAGGAACUGGAGUCACGUGUCGGCAGCGUGGAACACAUGAUGCUCCGUGGUCGGUCCCUGGAGCGCCCGUCACCACCCAUAUCCGGCCGCUCGACCCCUAAGUCCCACCACUCGCCCUCACGUGACUAUCUGCAGAAAUAUCACACGGCCCCGGCUGGCAUGUCUCCUUCCCAUAUGUACCAGUACAUGAAUGACCGCCGUCUGUCAGGGGGAUCUCUGCCCGGCUCCCAGGGUAACCUAGCCAACAUGAACCGAGUUGAUGGCCGAGAUGACAGCCAAGUGUCACUGGGCAUGCGAGGUGAAGGCUCUCCGCCGACUCCUCGUUCACUGCGCCUGAUGCCCGGCCCAGCCAUGAUGCCCCCUACGAGCCUGGUACCUGGAGGUGGUAGUGUGGGAGGACCAAGCGGUGGGCUGCCGUCCCAGCUGGCGAGCCUUACCGCGUCCUCCGAAGACCUGAGGAGGUACACCCACGUGCCUGACCACUCACCUGCCUCUGCUCUCACGCCUGGCCUCCAACAUCACCCCUACUCACCAGGACCCAGUGUUGUCACCCCUGGUCAGCCCUACUACCCUUCAAACUGCAGCCUUCUCUCCAGCCCCAUGCUCAGAGGUGGUGGGGGCGAGUCCUCCCUCUCUACACCAUCCCCCCUCUCUUCCCACCACAGCAGCCAGGAUUCACUGCACAAGAGCGUGAUCAACCAGCCCAAGAAGAAGGGCAUCAAAUCAUCGCUGGGAAGGUUCUUCAGCAAAAAGGAUAAGCAGGUGAAGGUGAAGGAGGCACUUCAACAGCACCACAGUCCAGGAGGGCUGAGUUCUUCCGGGAUCUACAGCGACGGGGACAUUGGGUCAUCUGAUUCUCUGUCUCUGGCGGGACUCGGUCAGAAGAGCGAUUACGAUAGACGUAACAAGAAGAAUUUGCCGGGCUAUAGACAUGAAUUGCUGGCAGAGGCAAUGAAAGCAGGAACACCAUUUGCACUAUGGAAUGGCCCCACCAUUGUUGCAUGGCUGGAGCUGUGGGUGGGCAUGCCAGCAUGGUAUGUGGCAGCUUGCAGGGCAAACGUCAAAUCUGGUGCCAUCAUGUCUGCCUUGAGUGAUGCAGAGAUCCAGCGGGAGAUUGGCAUUUCAAAUCCCCUACACCGCCUCAAGUUGCGUCUGGCCAUACAAGAGAUGGUGUCCUUAACGUCUCCAUCAGCACCAAAGACUUCACGUACGACUCUAGCGUUUGGCGACAUGAACCACGAGUGGGUCGGAAACGAAUGGCUCCCAGCUUUAGGUUUGCCUCAGUAUAGGACAACAUUCAUGGAGUGCUUAGUGGAUGCCCGAAUGCUCGACCACCUCACCAAAAAGGAUCUCCGAGGGCAGCUGAAGAUGGUCGACUCUUUCCAUAGAACAUCACUACAGUAUGGAAUUACAGCAUUGAAAAAGAUAAAUUAUGAUCGUGUUGCUUUAGAAGAACGAAGACGAAAUUGUGAAGAGGAAAAUAAGGAUGUGUUGGUGUGGACUAAUGAACGUGUUAUUAAGUGGAUUAAUGACAUUGGUCUAAAGGAAUAUGCCAACAAUCUCAUAGAAUCUGGAGUACACGGCUCUUUAGUAGCACUUGAUGAAAGCUUCGACUAUAAUGCCUUGGCUUUAGCUCUUCAGAUUCCAACUCAAAAUGUUCAGGCAAGACAGCUUCUAGAUCAAGAAUUCCGCACUCUUCUAACCACUGGGACGGACCGAGCUGACAUUAAUAAAUCUUGAUAUGAAGCCCCCGCUGCUAAGGAUGCUGAAGCUAGGCUUGUUUAAUGAAUCCAAAGAAGAACAACAGUAUAAGCGGUGACAACAUGACCAGUGAUGAUCUUAGAUUCAUUCACAAAGAGUCAGGCUUCGACUAAACCCAAUCGUGUUGCCAGCUGCCUGUGUGACACUGAUGUGCAACAGUGAUGAUUCUAUGUGGUUCUAAGUAAAGUAAAAUGUCUUUAAAACAUAAUGAGUAAAUAAAUAAAAAUGGGUUUACGAGGAUGGCUAUGAUUAAAACAGAUUGGGUUUCUUGCCUGCAGAUCACUUGAUUCAUCAUGGAACUACCUGUCAUCUGCCUUGUUAUUUAUAUUCACCAGAUGUUGUGCUGCAGUCUUAACUGCAGAUUUCACUUUCUGAUGAUGUAAAGGUGAUUGUUGUUAUAAAUUUGAAUGAAAUUUUUUUGGUGCAUUAGCAAAUGUAUAUGCUAUAGUAGAGACAGUGCUAAAAAUGGAUCACCUUACCAGAAACUCUAGUCGACAGUGGCUAUGGAUCAGCGAACAAGUCUGUGGUGCGAUGUAUUCUGUUGAGCUGACGCUUAUGAUUAGGCUUAGCCAAGCAAUAGUACGCUUGGAAUAGCAUGGAUAAAAUUACCUGGUACUGUGCAGGGCUGUGAGUCGGGAUACGUUCUGCAGAAGCAUAGUGCAGCUGAAGGCAUGUGACUAAAAACGGAGAGUCGUCGUAACAAUAAUGGCUAAAGAUGUGGACAGUGAUAUGUAUUAUACGUGUAAAUUUUGACUAGACACUGCCUGGCACAAUAUGAGGUUUAUGGAUUAGAUUAACUGGUGUACAGCCAUGCUUGGAAGAAGGUCAGCCUAGGAAGAAGAGGUAAUGCUAUCACAUUAUGUGCUUAUGAAUACCCGGGGUUAGAUGUUGCUGUGCGUGAUCUAGGUGAUGACAGCAAUCGCUAUGCCACUGUUGUUGGGUGUAUGGAAUACAUGCUUGUAUACAUACAGGCAUCAUUAAGAUUAGAUGCAUAAGUGAUACAGCUCUGUAAUUAAAAAAAAGUAAACAUUAUUUAUUAAAGCUGUUCAAAGAUAAGGAAUCAUUUCAAGCAGUCAGUUUUAUGUCAGUGUUAUGUACCAGUCAGUAUAAAGGAGUGAGUGAGAAUUAUCUGGUCCUUCUGGAAAGUUAGCUACAUAGGCUGCCCAUUUUUUUCAGUGAUUAAAAGUCUAGUAUUGUACAGAUUUGUGCUAUAGACAACACAGUGUCUCAAAUUUACUCCAAAAAAUUUAUCGACAAUAUGGUAAUGUUUGUUUUUGCUGCUUUGUUAGUGUGACUGAAACUGCCAAAUCAGGUACAAGAGUGUUUUUAAAGUUACGAGUACUGUGUGCUGGUCAUAGGGCAGCUCCAGUCAACCACAGGAAUACAAUGUAUAUCUGGUGCAGUGUCUGUGUACGCACAUAUGAUUUAUAUGUAACUGUCUGUGUAUUGCCAUCAUUGUUGAAUCACAAUGUUCUGGUUUUAAUUAUAUUGACCUUGAUGUAAGAAGCAUUGGAGACUUCCAAGUGAAGGAGCAGAGCAGGGUUAUGGCUAGUUAGGAAUGUGCUUCAACUUUUGAAGACAAAAACCAUCUUCCAUACUUUACAUGCCAAACUUGUCUUUGUAAUUAAUAUGUGUAAAAAGCCUACUCAUUAUCAAUUGAGACCUUUGGCAAACAGUGUUGGUUUGUAUUAAUGUUAUGUUUGGUAACUGGCCAGGUUUGUACUGAGAACUAUGAAGUGUACUUCCUGUUAUCAAGGAGACUUGAGUUGGCCAGUUAACUUGUGUAUGAGCUGUGUUGUCAUAAGGAACUGAUAUGGUCUGUACAGUGCACUUUACAUUGAUGUUGAGUAUGAUUGAUUGUUUCUGUGAAACUUGUGUAAGUAGUGUCCCAUUCUCAACGUAAUGUUCAGUGUAAUGCCAGAUAUACUCACCUCAUUGUUAUAUGUAAAGCUUCAUGUUUACCAGAUCAUCUAGCCUGCAUUCAAAUCAUGAUGUUACAUUAGUUUUUAAUUUACUCCUGUGUUCUGGUGCUGUGUGGCUGUAGUGACCUCCUCUCUGAUCCUAAGCCUCCCUCUACUUGCUGCUUCUCACCACAUAGCCCUCAUGCUUUCCCUCGAGUGCUGGCCCUGGAUCUGGACGACCAUUCCAUUCAUGUAUUGUCAUGUGCUGCAUUGACCCGUGUGUGCUACUACCACUAGCUGGUGCUUCUCCCAGUUUGGUAGUCGAGUUCUAAAACAUACCCCUGUACCUCUAGCCUAGGUUUUAAUUUUUUUUCCAUUCUUUUUAUUAUUCUGAUUAUAAUUUUUGUUUUUUAAAUGUUUUUAACCAUUUUUGACAUGGGGUCAUUUAUUGUGACUUGCAUCAUGAAACUCAUUGCUCCCAUAUCCUCUCUCACAAAGCAGCUUUUUGAGAUGAGACUGAACUCACUGUUUCAGCUGAUGUGACUUAAACAUUUUCCAAAUGAUUACUAACUUAAUUUUAGACAAACUUUCAUGUACCCUGUAAUAAUGCGCCUCACAGAGUCAGAUAUGCAAAGGGAAAAAAAAACAAAAAAAAUAACAAAAAAAUCAAUAUUUUUUAUUGUAGAACUUGUUUAUCUGUAAAGUAUGUUGUUAAUCACUAAAUCUAAAAUUAAGCUGAAAAUCUGAAAUUCCCUACACACAUGCCUACUCCUCCUUGCACCAUCCCUUUCCCCUCUCCCAACACUUUAUGAUGAUUCAUUGGUUUGCGUUGACCUAUGUUCAGAACUCCUUCCAAACCUCCUACCUCUCAACUUUCCAUAAAACUCAGUGUUCUUUAUGGCAGUAUUAUGAUAUUUGCUGCAAUUUUGGCUAUUUUAGAAUGAAGGCCUAUGUAUCUUUUUAUGUGAUUCACACAAUAUUGACUGAAUUUUAUUUUUUCAUAUUUUAGAUGAUAUCAUUUCCAUGAUAAUGUAUAGGGCUGGGUAUUACAUUUGUGUGAUCCUUAGUAAGACUUACUUAUUUUCCCAGCAAGGCAGCACCAGUCUUAUAAUCUUGUCAGUGUUUCGUGCCAUUUUCUGAUUAAUUCUAGGACAAAAUGGGCAAUAAAUUAGUUAACAUUUAUGAUAACAUGAUUAAAACUAACUGUAUUUUUAGUAUAAACCUUUUUAUAUAUGGUUAUUUUUGUGGAAGCUUGCUCACUCAGUACAAGUUAAAAGGAGUCUUGAUCAUCAUCAUUCCUCUUAUGGUGUGAUCUAGAUGCUCUUGUAGAAGAAUCAUGUGGAAUCCAAAAGAUCAAAUAUGGACUGGCCAGGUAUAUUUUAUGUAUCAAAUCAUCUCCAAGUGUAGCUAUGUAAGUAGAUUGUUCAGAUGUAGAAUAACGAGCCCAACCAAAGUGUCGUUGGUGAGAGCUCUUUGCCCUGAGUCACCCCUAACAGGCUGCUCAGGGCAAGGCCUACCAAUACUACUACUAAUCUUACUGUUCACCUCACUGCAUCUACGAGUGAGGUUUUGCUGUGUUGAUUUUAUGUCACUUUACGUUCAACACUGAUGCCAUGAUCCUCCCAAGUAUUCUGAAGUGUGAUGCAUGUUGCCUUCUGCUCGUGGUCAUUGCAGAGGGAUCAGCGGAGAGAGAGAGAGGUAAAUAGAGAGAAAGAGUGUGAGAGAGAGAAAGAGAGAAAUAUAGAGCCACCUCCAGUGUUUGUGUUUAAAAUUGUAUAUGGGUGGGAUCAUGGCAGCUCUUUACAUAUCUUGUGUCAUCGUCUUCUCUUUUGUUACAUCAAAGUACUUCAAAAAUCAUGUAAUAUAUCAUUAAUAAAUGAUGAUUUCUUAAGUAGA